AUGGUCUUUUUUCGCAUGCCACAAUAUCUCAAGCAACCGACAAGGGAAGAGCGAACACCCAUCAAGGCUAAAAAAGAAGGACGUUCACCACUCCAAUUAUCUAGUCCCACUUCAUUAUUCGAAAGUAAUGGAGAGUUGUAUAUUGUGGAUAAUUCUCAAGGAAAGGUUUAUAAAACACUCCGAAAUGGUCAUGUAGUUGUGAUUGCUGGAGGAGGAAUGGAAACUAAAGAUGGGAAGCCAGCACACGAGUCGAAAUUGGAGGGACCUUUCGGGAUUUGUAUUUCGAAAGGAAAUGAAGUGUUUAUUAGUGAAAGAGAAGGAAAUCGUAUUAGAAAGAUUGAUAGAUUUGGAAAUAUUUAUACUGUGGCAGGAACUGGUGAGGCAGGUGAUAAUGAAGAUGGAAAUGCAUUGGAAUGUAAACUAAACGAACCUUGUGGAAUAAUAAUUAAUGAACUAGAUCAAAUAAUUUUUGCUGAUAAAGAAAAUGGAAAGAUUAGAAUGAUACAAUCGGAUGGAAAUAUCAAGACAUUACUAUCGGAAACAUAUUACAUUACUAAUUUAUGUCAAGAUGAAAGUGGAAUCAUUUACUUUGCCACCAGAUCAACAAUUUCCAAACUAUUCCCGAAUGGAAAUGUCGAAACAUGCGAAAGAAAGUUACAGAAACAAACUCCUGGCAAGAUUUAUCCAUUCACUGAUCUGCAAUCUCAUACACCAUUCGAUAUCAAAAUUAGAAAUGGAAUUGUACAUUAUUCAGAAAGAUUAUUCUUGAGAAAUUUUGAUCCCAUGAAUGGAAAUGAUAAUGUUCUAGCUAAAUUGGAUGCUGUUCAAAAACCAUUAACGAAAAAGAUUCACAAGAAGAAUUUUGUGGCAAUUUGUCCGUCCAAUGAUGGAACUGUCUACAUGUCAGAUGAUAUGAGAGGAACUAUUUGGAGACAAGGUCCACAACCUCAUGUACUUAAAGAAUUGAUGGUAAAAUGUGAAAUACCUUUCAAUUUUAAAGAUUAUCCACAUAUUGGACCUAGAAAGAGGAUUGUAGAGAGAUGUGAGAAAUUUUCUGAUGUUGUAAUUUCAUUUUCUAAUUGA